AUGGAUCGCUGCCACGACGAUCCUAAGACUUGCGAAACAAGCGCCAUUGAUUGUCUGCAGGACGGCAACGAAGGCAUCCUCGUCCCUGAGACUAUCCCUCUUUCGCAACCCACAGGACAAGGCGGUCCUUUUGCCAAACGCUUGGAAAGGCCUGGUGGUCACGAUUCACCUGGCUCCAUUGAGCCCAUGACACCGACCGGAUCGCCGGUCCAAAGCCGCAGCAGUUCCCCUGCUCGAGAGCGAAAACAGGGGUCGCCGACUACAACAAAGACAUUUGCCGUGUGUACACAACGUCGUCGAUCCUCAGCGACAAGGAUGCGCAGCGAGUUGUUAGAAACAGAGAGCAUUGUCGAUAUGGAUGAACAGGAUACCACGUUUUAUCCUGCUCCCAUUCCUGCGAGUAUGCGCACACCGCCUGCGCUUGUAGGUUCGCCUGUUCAGGUGCGCAGCAUGAGUAUGCCCACAGAGUGCUCACCACUGGCCAACUUGUGCAUGCCUUCAGAAGAUGAAGCAGAGUCAACAGAAAAUUGCCAAGACGGCCAACUUGAGCCUGAAGAGAUGGAGGCUAGCGAGACCAAGUCAGAUGCCUAUCGAGACUUCGCUUUGCCUAGCCAAUACAGCCCAGCUACUCUCCUGCUCAGCACUUUUCUCGAACAGACUGCAAACGAACCAGUUCCAACGGAUGAUGAGAUUCAUCGAGAUGCAGUAGCCAUGGGCGCUCUACUCGAUAUCGUCAAGCUUCGUCACCAACGACAAAAGGAACGUGCCUUGCCAGGCUAUACACUCGACGCGCGUUCAUCGCAGCGCAUGGAUUCAAUCACACGACUGAGCAUGGGGAUGCCAAAGUGGGAUGCGCCUGAGGCGAAGAAACGACCAACACUGCUGACAUUGGACAUGGAAAGGCGAGCACUGCAACGAUCUCAAGGUAUCUUGGAGAUGCAACAAGCACGAUCUGGCCAUCUCGCUGGUAGGUCGACACACUCGUUGCCUAUGCGUAGCAAGCGAGAGAGUGCGGGUGUCAAAUCUGUGAAUGAAGCAUUGCGAUUCAGCUUGCAAUUGAAUUUGGGAGACGAAGACGAUGAUGACGAUGUGCCGCUUGCUGAGCUAUGCGCUCGAGACCAGCAGCGAAUGUCUCCCGUUCAUGGAGGCUCUAUGCUUUUAGAAAGCGCUGAGCAGCAGGUUAAUGUAUUGUCAAGCUUGUUUGCAGGGGAGCAGUCGUUGGCAGCACGAAUGGAAGCAUUAAAGGUCAAGCAGCAGCAGAAUUUGAGGUCUCCGGUGGGUGAAAAGGAGCUUGGAAAGCCUCGAGAGUUGACGCUUGCUGAACGCCGUGCAAAGCUGUUGAAGGGGAAGGAUGUUGCAGGACGAAGAGAAGGCCCCUAUCGACUUUAG